AUGGUUAUUCUUCCGCCGUGUGCCCCGCCAACAUCGUCAGCCGCGAUCGCGACAGACGUUCCUCGUAUCAAGUUCCGGCACCCCGCCUACCCAGAUUCUGCGCCAGACCUGCUGUGCCUCAGCGCCGUUGAUGGCGAUGACGGUGUUGACUACGAUAUCGCAUUGCUGGCAUGCUGCAUUGUCACUGGAAAUACAUGGCGCGAUAUAUCCUUCGCUGUGAAGGUCAACAGUCACGCAGUCUCGCAUGUUUCCCGUCCUGCCAAUGGGGUCCUGCGCGGCCGGGUAUUUUAUUUCCGUCUUAAAGGUUAUGAACCCAAUGAAAAAUAUCCCGUCAUUCCCUCCUUCGACCACUGGCGAUUUCCACACGACGAGAUUCCUCAUCUUUGGUCCGACUUGACCAUACCUCACUUCGCAGCGCCUCCAAUAUUGAAACAUAAGCCAGCUGCCAUGUUUCGAAACAAGACAUGUCGAAUGAGCGGGUACGUUGAUGCAACCGAAGCUGCGCAUCUUGUGCCACUCGCAGCUGGCCACUGGUUCAACCCGAACGACAUAAAGAGAUACUGUUGCCUUGCCUAUGACGCUUUCCCAAUCAACGACGAGAACAAUCUUCUACUUCUACGCAAAGAUAUCCACCACCUUUUUGACCAGCGGCGGUUCACCUUCGCUCCCAAAAAGCCAGACGACGAUACACCUCCCCACCUCGUCACGCAUGUCCUUCCCCCUCAUGGCUCAGUCGAGCUAGUCAGUCUCUACCACAACCGCAUCCUCCAUCCACUCAGCGGCGUCUCAGUGAAGCUUCUCCUGGCCCGUUUUGCCUGGUCUAUCUUCACGGACGAGAUCUUCCCAUUCUUCAGCGGCACGCAGGAGUACGCCGUGCUCCUUUUCGACCUGGAGACUGGGAAGGCAAUUACCAAUAGACUGCGUCCGUCUCAGAUACGGGCUAGAAGCUCUAUGUUCGAGGCCUUUACACGCAGCUAG